UCGUAGAGUACAAAAUCACUCGGAUUUCUCGUAUCACGAUCACUCGGGGACGUCGAGAGGAUUGUAUCUUCUGGAGCUGUGUUUCACGUACGUGUCGCUUUCAACGACGGGACGAGAAGAUAGAAAAGAGAGAAGGGAAAAGGGAAACGAAGAAAAAAGGAACAAGGGAGAGUCGGCGGGACUAGAGGAAGAAUCGAGGAUAAUAAUUCAUCACCGAGUUGAAGUUGCAGAAACAGAAGUGCCAACUUCGCUUUUUAAUCUUUAGAUACUUAUCAAAAGAAAAAUGAUAAAGGUACCAGGAGAAAUUGAUCUUAAAGAUUAUAUUUUGAUAAUUCCGUCAGUGGCUGUUGGAAAUGUUGGACAGUUAUCGAUCGAUCUGUUAAUCUCUAAUUUAAAUCUAUGCAAAAUUGGAUCUAUGUGGAAUCCUAUAUUCCUUCCAAUUUCCGGCCUAGAUCCUUAUAAUACUAAUUCGGUCUCUCUUUGUACUGCUGCUGACUUUUAUCUUGGAACUACUUGUAAAAUAAUUCUUUUACAAUUACGUUCACUUUAUGUUGGUAAUUGUACUGAUUUUUUCGACGAAAUAACACAAUUUGUUCGUCAAAGAAAACUUAGCAAGAUAAUAAUUUUAACUAGCAGUUACGAUUACGAAUGUUCCGAUAGAUCGGAUACCAGCUUGAGGUAUCUUACUUCGGAUAAUUCAUUACUGAACACUGAAAAGUUUCUUGAAAAUCAGUUCUGUUGGAAGAGACAUACAAGAAAACAGUUAAUGGAAUGCACAGAAUGCUAUUACAUUCCUGGCGGAGGAUUUGCAAAUGGCUUUUACGAGUAUCUCAAAUCAACAGAAAUUCCUUGUACAGUACUUUUUUGUUAUUGUUCCGAAGGUGACAAUGUUCACGAUGCAUUAAUAUUAGUUAAGGGUUUGAAUCGAUGGUUAAAUUUAUUAGAAAUUAAUACGGAUGGUAAUAUUAAUGUUACGUAUCCACCAUCUUGGGAAUUCUUUUUUGGUAAUCCACCUUCGUCCGAAAUAUAUUAAGCUUGGAGCCAUUAACCGUUUGUGUUAUUUGGAAAAUUUCAAACGUAACAAAAUCAAUUACGCGUAACAACAAUUGAUAUUGUACAGAAAUGAAGUUGCAUUAGGAAGAAUUUAAACAUAAAGCAA